AAUCUCUUUUUAAUAAAAUAUUUUCUUUUUAAAAUCUCUCUAUUUCUAUUUAACUGUCUAUAGAUGUUCUACGAAGACCAGUAAUACAGUCAUGCUAAGGACCAACUUGUGCAUCAUUUGGGCGGCGGCAGCUGUGCUGUACGCUGCGGGGGGCGCUGCCCAGCACGUCUCAUCGUCCCAGUGCCCGACCAUGCACGCCGUGGAGGACUUCGACGCCAGGGAGUUUCUGGGCACGUGGUACGUGUAUCAGCAAUACAAGGUGGGCGCUGAGAGGGGCAUGUCGUGCAAGACGCUCACUAUGAAGGAAGACGGCAGCGCUACAAUGGAGUUCAUCGCCAAGUCUCGGUUAUUGACAGUUGAAGGGAUGUUUUUGGUCGACGCAAACUCCAUGGGACUGAUCAAGGCAAAAUUCGAUUACGGUGACGUACUGGGCAGUGACAAUACGGGUGUCGUGGUCUGGAACAUUCUAGCCACAGAUUACAACACUUACGCUGUCCUUGCAGCUUGCCAAGAGGGAGACACAUCCAGCAAACAAUACGUGUAUGUUCUGUCACGUACCUCAACUCCGUCUUCGUACCAAGUGGCGCGGAUGGAAGCGAACUACCGAGUCUUCGACGGGCAAUGGGGUGAUGGCAUUCUAGAAACCCAAGACCUCGGACAGUGCGAGGUUAUCGACUCACGAGUGUCGGGAUUGCCGUCCAUCUCAGAGCUGGCCCAAGAUGCGGAGGAACCAACCACUGAGGGCCUAAUGCUUGGGGAAGAAGCCCUGCAGGAGUUGGAAAAAUUGGGAGGCAGUAAUGCUUUGAUUCACAUCAACAUCGCCGACUCCUCAAUUGCGGUGCAUGGUAACCGCGCUCCACCCUUCAAGUCACCAAGUGUUUCAGGAACGAGUACCCAACACUCAUUUCGAUCCGGUGCAACUGCGAUCGCAGCACCGGCAAGCACAACAACGGCCCAAGUUUCCAGCGAAGUGACCACCCCCACCAAUAGCAUGUACGAGGAAAUACUCCUUGGCGUGAACCCCACCUCCCCACAACAGCAGAUGGACCCACGAGUGGCCGCCUUCAUCUUGAGGUUGAAGAAGCCGCCGAGUUUCAUCGAGUGGAGCGAGAUCACCAAUUCCCCCACCUUCAGGAAAGGCGCUGAAAACGGCACUCCCGUUGACCUCUUCAUAAAUUCUUUGCGAAAUAAACCUAACUUUGUUGACUUUGCGGCCCAUUCUGCAGGCUUGCCUUACCGCACUGGGAUUAGAAUUUUCAGAACUAAGAAUCAUAAAUGAUCACAUGGCCCGAGGAUAAUGACAGUGUUCAAUGGUUAUUUAUUUUAGCAUAGUUAUGGGAUUAUUAGAAUUUAUAAAAUAUAAUUUAAGGAUUUGGGCUUUCUGACAUACAUGGCUUAGGCUUGAGGAUUGGAAUAACGAUAGAUAUGUCAUAAAUGAAUAUUUCUGUCGACU